AUGCCAGCAGGAUUGAAAUGGACUUUGAUAAAGCCCCUUGGAAUACCGCAGAAGACUAUGAACAUGCCACGGGUUUCCGCGAAUUACAUUGCAUCAGAAACAAACCAGAAGAUCCUCGCGGUGGAACGUUACCUCAAAUUACUGAAGUUCCUGUUCCCCGAGGAGUCUAUGCAAACCUCCCAUAUCUGGCAGGAUGAUCUUCAUGCAGAGGAUAUCUUUGUCAAUCCUAUAGAUCCCACGUUACAUGAUCAUACUGUUGAACCCUAUAUUCUUGAUUAUGAUGGUCCACCGCUGGAUGGGUUGUUUGACCGAGCCAAACUGGUGGAUAUUCGCGCACUCUUUUAUGAUAAGCUGGAGUCCAUCGCCAACUAUAAGACUAUCUCGUUAUUCACCAACAUAUCACUUGUCUCUUUAUACGGACACCUGAUCCACAAGCGGAUCCCGCAACUGUUCAAGGCGCUUGAGUUUCGUGAAAACAUGUGUUUUGAAUUGCUUCUGUUCGCGCGAUACCUUCUACUCAAUGGCGAAGCAACUUAUUUAGCACUGUUGGCAGAUCAGCAGCGACAGAGCUGGAGAGAUAUUCCACGAUUAAAGGACGGUGAUAAAAACUCCCUUAUAUGUUUCUCGGCGGACAUGCUACAUAGGAUCGACGUAGACCAUACGGGCGCACACUUCGGUCUUGAGCUAAUGCAAGGGGCUCAAGCGAUGGUAAGGAAAAAGUUCUUUUACGCGUCGGGACUGGUAAGCCAUGAAGAGUUCAGCGAGGCGCAGCAGAUUAUUCCUCGCGUGAAGGCCGAGUUUAUACAAAAGCAUGCCCGCAACGCCGACGGGGCUCUCGAGUUAGAACGUGCCUGA